AUGACAUUAUCUUCUUUCAAAACUUUGUCCAAAGAUCCUAAACCUGCAAAUAACUUAGCUUCUCAUCAAAUGACUCUCUACACUCAUUUAGACUUUCAAUCUAUGACCAAAAGAGCAGCGGAAGAAGCGACUCCUUCAACGGAUAGCAGCACAACUGGGCCAAACUUUUUGGGUUGCUAUAGAGAUCAAGUAGCAGAGCUCUUGUCUCAAGAAGAGAGGCUCUCUCAUCAUGAAGACGGGGACACUAAGAAGCCUUCUACUGAAAUUAUAGGAGCUGGGAUCUCAAGUCUAAAACGAGAGAAGUUGAAAGCCUUGUUAAGGCAGUGCGUGACAGAUCUUAUUCCAGGGGUUGAUGAGAUGCAGUCGCGUGCUCGCAGCAUGCUCCUAAUGUCUCAACUAAGUAACAAAAAACCAUCAAUCUCAGUAACCAAUGAAGAGGUGGAGGAUGAUAUACAAUUACUCAUGAAGUCUGAUCCUCGUCUUUUCAAGGAAAUAGUGAAGAAACAUACGGAUGAUGUACUUACCAGCCUGAACAACAUGCAGCAGCAAGCCGAGAAACUCCUUGACAAUGUGGCCACUUCAUGCAGACCUAUGAGCCGAGACGAGAAGCGAGAUCUUCAGAGAUCAAUCAAGGAGCUUCCUGGAGGAAAUCUAAAACGCAUUGCUGAAAUCAUCAAAAACCACCAUGCAGCUUCGGGGAAAGCUUUCUCUGAUGAGGUCACUGUCAACUUGGAGGAGGAAGAUAACGUAAUGCUUUGGAGAUUGCAUUUCUAUGUGGCCGCGGUGAAAAGUGCAAGGAAACUAGCAAGCUAGGUAGUAGUAGAGGUACAUAUCACAUUACUCUUUUAUCCCUUGUCCCGAAGUUGUGAGUAUGUUAAGAACUGACAAGGAGAAAAAAAACUUAGCACUCAAGGUUUUAUCAGCUUGGGUUUUUUUUAGCAUUUUAAACAGAAAGAUCCGACCGGUUGUGGUUACAGUGCAGAGCUUUUUUUAAAAAAAAAAACUUUUGUCUGCUUUGAACAAAGAAUAUGCGAAAUGUAG